AUGCUUAGUCAUGAGUUAAAUGACCUCUGUCUCCGCUGCCCCUCUGUCCCCUCUGUCCCCUCUGUCCUCUCUGUCCUCUCUGUCCCCUCUGUCCCCUCUGUCCUCUCUGUCCUCUCUGUCCCCUCUGUCCUCUCUGUCCUCUCUGUCCCCUCUGUCCUCUCUGUCCUCUCUGUCCCCUCUGUCCUCUCUGUCCCCUCUGUCCUCUCUGUCCUCUCUGUCCUCUCUGUCCCCUCUGUCCUCUCUGUCCUCUCUGUCCUCUCUGUCCCCUCUGUCCCCUCUGUCCUGUCUGUCCUGUUUGUCCUGUUUGUCCUCUCUGUCCUCUCUGUCCCCUCUGUCCCCUCUGUCCUCUCUGUCCCCUCUGUCCUCUCUGUCCCCUCUGUCCUCUCUGUCCCCUCUGUCCCCUCUGUCCCCUCUGUCCUCUCUGUCCUCUCAAUCUUCUUUGCCUUUUCAACCACCGGCGGAAACUAUGCCUUCAAAAUCGCCUGGCUUGACUUUCGCUGCUGUCAACAAGAAACGAGAAGAAAUUGA